AUGGAAGGUUCAGAAUCAGCCUCAGCAGACGAAACCAUGCGCCUCGCCAUCACCCGCUUCCGCAGCAAAAUGGCCGACGCAAACCACCAGUUCCUCCAGGACCGCAUCAACGAAAUCAACGCAAAAGGUCUACCAACCGAAGAGGAGAAGCGCCGCUUGCUCUGCCAGUACCGAUGGAUGGACGAUCUCAUCCCACAGGACACGGCAGUUGCUGAUGUUGACAUCUCUGCUGUUCUCAACGCCCUGCCAGCCCAUGAACCCGCUGACGGCGUGCUCCCGCCCCUGCUGCGCACGGAGCAGUGGCGGCAGAUGUACCUCGAUACAGUUCAGCGUGUGUGCCAGCGGCAGGCGGAUGCAAUUGUUGCAGGAGACGAAGACGAAGACGACGACGGCGGGGAGCUUGAGCCUGUGACUAUCCCGCGGUGUGACGAGCUAGCCCUGUUCCUGAAGUAUGCGCAGGGGGUGGUGGACGUAGACUUCCGGCACUCCGGGAUUGCGCCGUUCACACCGGCUUGGUCGACCGGGGUUAAGGAUGAGGAACUGGAGGGACUUGAUGACGGACAGACACACGAGAAGUUGGCGGACCUAGAACUACUGAAGCGCGAGCAGGAGGGCUUGCAGCAAGAGCUGGAAGAUGAAUUAUCAAAUAAGUUGCUGGAGGCGUAUAUUGAUGAGGACCUGGUGGCUCGGGCUGGCUUUAUUACCGGCGUUGGAUAUAACCAGCUGUAUGAAUGCCCAGCGUGGUAUAGUGCGUAUGUGUACUGCCGGCUGGGGACAGAUGAUAAGGAUGAUGUUGCUGCUGAUGCUGCCAACAUCCGGGACUGGGGAUGGCGGGUGGUUAUUUUCAAGGCCGAGAUGGUCAAUCCGAGCGUUCUGUACGGCCGCAAGGCGCGCUUUGAUUCUAUUCCGGAAUUUUUGGAUUGGUACGCCAGCUGGCUGGACCAUCUCGAUGCACAGGGGUUGCGUUCUCUGCGGCGCCACGCUGUAGGCUGUGAGACGGAUUGCGAGUCGGACUGUGAGGAUCAUGCUACGGGGGUCUAUGCAGAGAAGUUCUAG